UCAUUUUACCUUAACCGGUUGACACAAUUAGGCCGACAGAAAACAACCAGCGAAAAACUUUCUCUCAAAUUCGGCUUUCGGCAUCGUUUUUUGGGCAAAAUGAGCUCUCGCGGUGCCCUAUUCUGCAGCGGCGGUGGUGCCAGAGGUGCCAACAAGCACCUGGUCGAGUUCCGCGCAGGCAAGAUGACUCAGAAGGGCAAAAUGGUGCAUCCGGACAAGCGCAAGGGCCUGCUCUACGUGUACCAGGCCGAAGACUCGUUGAUGCACCUCUGCUGGAAGGAGCGCCACUCUUCAAGCGUCGAAGAUGACUUGAUCAUCUUCCCGGAUGACUGCGAGUACAAGCGAGUGCCUCAAUGUACCACGGGGCGGGUGUACGUCCUCAAGUUCAAGUCGUCGCACCGUCUCUUCUUUUUCUGGAUGCAGGAGACGAAGAUCGACAAGGACGACGACUUGUGCAAGAAGGUCAAUGAACUUCUCAACAAUCCGCCCACGCCAGGCUCCUCUCGAAGCGGUGGCGCUACACCAGGUGAUAGUGACCUCCAGAGUCUGUUGAAUACCAUGAGCCAGCAGCAGCUGAUGCAGUUCUUUGGCAACGUCGGCCAGAUCGGCAAUCUGAGUAGCCUCUUGGGUCCCUCCGGAAGUCCCUCUUCUGGAGGUACUGCUAUAAGCUCCAGGACGCCAACCCGUUCGUCUGCCUCGUCUAAGCCUAGUGCUGAGAAGGCAAGCUCUUCAGAGCCUAAAGCUGCUCCUGAACAGCCAGCCGAGGGGAACGUUGAUUUGUCAAGUUCUCUGACUGUGGAGAAUCUGCAAGCAAUGCUGGCCGACCCGACAACUGUGAGGCAGCUGCAACGUCACUUGCCUCCACUGACGGAUUCAACUUCAGAGGCCGAGCAGCUCAGGACGACCCUGCAGUCGCCCCAAUUCCAGCAGGCUGUGAGCAUGUUCAGUGCCGCUCUGCAGUCAGGCCAGUUAGGCCCAGUGGUGCAGCAGUUUGAGGUUGGCGCCGACGCUGUCCGGGCCGCCAACCAGGGCGACCUCGAAGAGUUCGUUCGCUCCCUGCAGCGCCACCCUCGUGACUCCGAGCAACCCCCCGACUCGGAAAGCCAGCAGCCACCACAGUGACUUCCGACACCAGAUGGCUCCCUGUCUGCUUCCACAAUUUUGCGCAGGUUGAAUUUAAAUUGAUUCAAUUUUGAUUUCGCUGAAGUCUGUCUAAUACCUUAUAUAUCAGCAUGAUAAAAGAAGCUUGGUGGUUUUCUCCGCACCGUAUGGCCAUAUAAAAUAAAAAAGAA